GUUUGUAUAACUGGGAAAAGAAUCCGGAACUUCAGUUUUGGAAUUGCACUCAUCGUGUGCCAGUCUCCUCAUGCUAGUAAAGAACUCUGGAAAAGAAAUGCCUCCGAGUUUCUUUUACGCAGAAGAGGUAUUUCUGGAACCUUGACAUUAUUCCAAAACUCAUAACUUUCUUUUGCUAACGGUACCCUCUCCUCCUCUCAGAGGGGGCCCGUUAGAGGGGUGCUGGGCCCCAGUCUCCGCAACCUCCACAGUGGUGCAAAGACCCAGUGAAGAUGGAAGAGCAGCAAGUUGAAAGCGUAGAAGGAGCACCGGAACAUGAAUCUGACGAUUUAGUUGAAGUCACCUAUUUCCUAUCGGAGGAGAGGACUCGAAGUCCCGAAGUGGUAGAGCCUGCUUGUCAGCUUGGAGCACGGCCCAAGGACUCUGAUUCAUGGGUAAGCUGCCAGUUGGGAGAAAACAUUUCCCCGGUGGGGAAUGGAGAGCCCCCUCCCUCUUCUCAACCUCUUUGGAGGACAGUAAAACCUGGAGAAUCGGGAGAGUCACUGGAUUGGGACCUGAGAAACCCCCUAAAAUCCCAGUCCCUAUUAGACCUCCCUGAAACUUUUGAGCGUCUGGAAGUGAGGCCCCUCAUAAGCUCAGACCACCCACCUCGGGAGCCUUUAGCUCAGCCUAAAUUCACCUUCCCUCCCACCAGAGAGAGAGAAAUUACUGAAGCUCGAAGCCGUUCCGAUGAACGCAGAAGGACCUCCCUUCCCUCUUUCGGAUGGCAGGGAGUUCAGGCAGCACCAGGAGCUUGGGGGGAAUCGCAACUCCCCCCUCCAAUCGACCUUUCCCGCCAACAGAGGCCUACGCUGCCUCCAGCAGCUUCUAUUCCUCCUGGCUGGGCGUUUUAUCCUGGACAAGGGUGGAUCCAAUGCCAAUGGCAACCAGCCAGUUCAGCACCUUUCUUUCCUGGGGGCCCCACGCCGAUGUUUGUUUCAUCAGCUGAAGCAUUUCAAGGACUUCCUUCUCAGCAGCCAGGGGGAAUUCCACCCCCCUUUACAGCUCAACAACCAGCCACAACAGCAACGGCCCCGCCCCCGCAAAUCCCUCUCCAGCCGCAAGCAGGCCAGCUAAACCCCCCUGCACCCCCUCCCCCAACCCCUCCCCCUUUCAAACCAACCUUUGAUGGGAAUCCACACCACCUGGCUUACUUUCUCAGCAGAAUUGAGGCUUACGUUGAACAAUAUAGACAUCAAUACCCAUCAGAAAGAAGCCUAAUCAACGCCAUCUCAGAUGGUAUGAAUGUGGGGCUAGCCUCAGAGUGGAUAGCUCAGCUAUACAAUGAACAUGCACCAGAACUAAACAAUGUUCACGGAUUUAUGGCACUGCUUCGCAACCGGUUUCAAGAUGAUGACCUAAUUGCAGAAUGUGAAACCACCCUAAAAACAAUGAAACAAGGUAACAAACCGCUAAAACAAUUUGUAUGGGAUUUCAGAAGAGUUGCUGGCAAUCUUAGACAUUGGCCAGAACAGAUUAUUCUCCACUACUUCAAAGACACAAUUGAUCAAAACAUCAGAAAAGCCUGCUCCACCAGAGGAAUCCCAGAACAACUUAAUGCCUGGUACAACGUGUCCAUCGCUCUGGACAGAGAAUUCAACCCCCUCCAAAGCCAAUCACCAACUACAACUCCACAACGACCACCUACAAGAUCCUCUCUCUCAAAACCAACCACACCCUCCACCUUUCAACCUUCAACAAUAAUCAAAUGCUACCGUUGUGGAAAACUAGGACAUCGGGCUUCAGUUUGCCUGGCCCCAACACCCCUCCCACAGUAUCGGCCACCAACUGCUACCAGACCACGCAACCCUCCUCGAAAGAAUCCAAAUACCAGUCGCUUUGCGAGACAAGCCAUAGACCUCCCUACUGACCUUCCAUCAUCUGAUUCGCCUCCCGACGACUCAAACCAAGCAGAAAACGACCCAAUGGAUAUAGCUUCUUUUCCAAGGGGGGACGCCAUAUUAGACUUUAGGGUUCCAGACGCUGCCACAUUUUUCCCCUGAGGGGAGGAGGGGGGUUGAGGGGUAUGGUAACAUUCUUCAAGCGGUCAAGGUCGGAUGGUGUUCACAUCUGCAGGAAGAGUGGCAAGAAGAUAUUCGAAUGAACUGGAAGAACGUGGGACCAUGUGACCAUCAAAGGGGUCAGGGGGGUGGGACUCUUGGGGUUUGUAUAACUGGGAAAAGAAUCCGGAACUUCAGUUUUGGAAUUGCACUCAUCGUGUGCCAGUCUCCUCAUGCUAGUAAAGAACUCUGGAAAAGAAAUGCCUCCGAGUUUCUUUUACGCAGAAGAGGUAUUUCUGGAACCUUGACAUCUUAGGGGUCUUCUCAUCCAACCUCCUACUCAAGUAGGAAGCCCUAUGCCAUUCCAGACAAAUGGCUGUCCAAUCUCUUCUUGAAAACAUCCAGUGAUGAAGCAUCCACAACUUCUGGAAACAAGAUGUUCCAUUGAUUAAUUGUUCUAUCAGGAAUUUUCUCCUUAAUUCCAGGUUCACCUAGAUCCCUCUUGCCGUUACUGCUGUUGAGCCAGGUGCCACCUAUUCAAUACCUGUGCAUUUAAUUUUUCUGCCUAAAUGUAGGACCUUACUUUUCUCACCACUAAAAUGUGUCUUGUUGAAUAGUGCCCAAUGCUUAAGUCUGUCAAGAUCCUUCUGUAUCUUGAGUCUAUCAUCUAAAGUAUUAGCAAUUCCCCCCAGCUUGCGGCCAUCUGCAACUUUGAUGAAUUCCCCUUCUAUCCCCUCAUCUAGAUCGUUUGUUAAGAUGUUGAAGAGUCCUGGCCCUAAAACAGCCUUGGGGUACCCCAUUGCAUACUUCCCUCCAUGUAAAUUUGUCCAGAUUGAACCACUUUGUUUCUUAAUGCACCUAAUGCUUUUCAACUUGCCAAAUGAACUGGAAGGAGGGAAAUGAAAUGUGGAGAAUGUAUGUAGAGAUCGUGAGCAUGCAGCCAGCAAGGUCAUCAGCAAGGUUUCUCAAGCACCAGCAGGUGCUUGAGAAAGAGAUGGACCAUUCUCAUAAAAAAAAGACCAUCUCAUAAUUGGACAAUGUGAUCAACGAGGGGUGGGGAGAAGGUAUUGUUUAACAGGGCAAGCAUUUGCGCAGGAAACCAGAGUUGGUUUUGUUUCUUCAGUACCAACAACAUGGUUUAUCCAAUAAAAUUUUACUUUUGAAAAUUCAGUUCUUCCGAGAGUUAUUUCCUUGUUUUCGGUUUGCUAAUUAGACCAAUGACAUUAAAUCAGCUCUUUUAACUCAGCCUACUUGGAUAACCCCGAGAGAGCUGUAACCUAACAAUGUUUGGAACUUUCCAUCCGUCGACUAAUGGAGCCUCUGAAAAAUUGAACGCCAUGGAGGAACAAUACAUUAGAUGUUAUAUAAAUUACCAACAAGAAAACAGCAGAGUUCUUACCGUUUGCAGAAGUGGCUUAUAAUAAUGCAGUACACAGUAGCACUGGGUUGAUCCUUUUCAGAUAACUAUAGGCAUGGAUUUUGUACCGAUGCCUGAGCUGCCUAGAGAGUUGUCGUGUCCCACUCCUCCGCUGAUGGCCGGGUCAGGGAAAUCCGAAUCAGGCGUGCCUCUGCAGCUCUGCCAAAGUCCUCAGGGCAGGCAGGAGACCAGAAAGUGACUUCAGCAAGAUAUGUUUAGACUUUGCCUGACUCAGAGAAUGCCAGAAAGCAGAUCCUUUAUAUAGGCCAUGGGGUGUGGCUCCAUGACUCAGCACUUAUCCAGGCCUGCCCCUCCCUUCCUUCUGUUGCCUCCGCCUAUCAAGUCUUCUGACGCGAGGGUCACUCCAGUCGGCAGCUGUUGGCAAUAGACCUCCCUCAGGCUCACAUGCUGUGGAGGAGGGGGAGGGGUCUAGUUUUUCCGUUUGCCUGGGCAUGGAGCCAGAGCUGGGGGCUGGAGAUAUUUCCUCCUCUUCAGCCUGUCUGGGCAUGGAGCCAGGGCUGGGGCCGGGAGGCAUACUAGAACAUUCCUCCGUGUUCGGAAGCAGAUAAGAAGGCCCCGGCUGUGGUGAGAUUGGGCGAAACACAACAAGAGUCACCCACUUCCAUGUUCCUUACAGAAUGGAUGAACUCAUUAAAAAGGGGUUGGGAGAACACUAAGAAAGCUUUGGCUGAGUCGGCGGAGAAAUAUAAAGCCCACGUCAACAAGCACUGGUCUCUCCAACCAUCUUUCCAAAUGGGAGAUAAGGUGUAUUUGUCAACCAAAUACGUAGCAGGAAGUUUGGACCCAAGUUCAUAGGUCCCUUUCCUAUAGUGAAGGUGAUUAACCCAGUGACUGUUCAACUUAGCCUCCCUCGAAUAUUAGGGAAAGUGCACCCAGUGUUUCAUAGUAGCAUAUUGAAACCAGGAAGAGGAUCUAACUUAAGGCCCUUACCAGCUGCUCCACCCCUCCUUUGAUAGUCCAAGGGGAGACUCAUUAACAUAACAUAAUGAGUUUGACCCUGUGACUCCCGAGGACAUGGACAGGUUGCUGGGUAGAUUGAAUGCCACCACGUGUUUACUGGACCCGUGCCCCU